CAGAGUGCAGCAGCAGCAGCAGCAUCCGCGCGCGCUCGCUCACUCACUCACUCCUCGUGCACUUUUUCAUCUUCGGACCUGCGAGGGCUCGAGCUCGACAACUUUCAUCCGAUUCAUUUUAUUUUAGUUUUGUGUGACUUUUCUGUUCUUGUUUCACCCAUUUGUCAUUAAUAAUAAUAAUUAUUAUUGUUAUCAUUUCAUAAUUUUCACUGCAUUCGGGUUUUGAACUGGAGCUCGCGCACAUUCUCGCGCACUCCUCGCCUUAAACGGAAUACCUCGAGCUGCUUUUUGCGCGAGCGAGCUUUUUACGCGCGCCUCUCUCUCUCGCUUUCGCUCUCUCUCUCUCUCUCUCUGAGUGCGUUUGUGUGCGCGCAGUGCUCUUUUUCGGAUUUGGUCUCCCUUUACCCCCCGCCCGGUGCAGAAGUGACCGAAGGAGCGGAUUAACUUGGUGGAGAUGUGUGUACGGAGCUCCGGCGCGGGCGCGCGGCUCGCCUGUCUGUAAGGGAUCAUGUACCUGUCCUGUUCCUCUACUGGCCCGGCGGAGACAGCUGCACACUAAGAUUUACUUUGACCUUUUUUUCAUUUUUAUUAUUAAUAUAUUUUAUUAUUACUGUUAUCAUUAUUAUUUUGACUAUCCCCCCGUUUCCUGAAUAAGACACUGCUCGGAGCUUUGGAUCAGCGCACGCACGAUCAGACCGGACUAACCCCCCUCUCUCUCCUCCACCGGGAUGCUCUACCCAUAGACCCGGGGGUUCGGCUUGUGCUCUUUACUCUCGCACCUGGAGUCGGGAUAUCAGGAUUGUCUCAGGGGCGUUUCUUUUAUUCUUGUUCAUUUUUUUCCCUGUCGUGUCAAACGGAUUUCGAGGUCAUGGGGGAGUCUUUGUGGACCUACUACUUUGGGGUGUUGGUACUUGCGUGCAAGGUGAACGCCACCGUACUCGAGUCCAUAUACUGGAACACGACCAACACCAAGUUUGUUCAAGGUCAGGGUUUAGUCCUCUACCCUCAGAUCGGCGAUAAAAUGGACAUCGUGUGUCCGCGGAUCGAGGGCGGCUCCAUGGACGGAGUCGAGUACUACAAACUCUACAUGGUUCCUCGCGAGCAGCUGGACUCGUGCACGGUGACCAAAGCCGACACGCCGCUGCUGAACUGCGUCAAACCCGACCAGGACGUCAAGUUCACUCUCAAGUUCCAGGAGUUCAGUCCCAACCUCUGGGGCCUGGAGUUCUUCAGAGGCAAAGACUACUACAUCAUCUCGACGUCGAACGGCACCAUGGAGGGCCUGGAGAACCAGGAAGGAGGCGUCUGCAAAACAAAGUCCAUGAAAAUCGUCAUGAAGGUCGGACAGAACCCAUCUGACCCACUUCCUCCUAAAGAGUAUCCCACCAAACACCCGCCCAAACACAUAGACCCGGGCAAGGACAAAUCCAAUGAAGUGCUCGACAAAUCAGGAAUGUCCCAUCACGAGGGCGAGACGGUCGACGGCGGCAGCGGAGGCAAAUCGUCGUCGGUGAUCGGCUCCGAGGUGGCGCUAUUCGCCGGCGUGGCUUCGGCCUGCGUGAUCGCCAUCGUCGUGGUGGCCAUGCUGGUAGUCCUGCUGCUCAAGCACCGGCGGCGCCACGGCAAGCACUCGCCCCCUCACACCACCACGCUCUCGCUCGGCUCGCUAGCCACGCCCAAAAGAGGCGGCGGCAACAACAACGGUUCGGAGCCCAGCGACAUCAUCAUCCCGCUGAGGACGGCCGACAGCGUGUUCUGCCCGCACUACGAGAAAGUGAGCGGCGACUACGGCCACCCCGUCUACAUCGUCCAGGAGAUGCCUCCCCAGAGCCCCGCUAACAUCUACUACAAGGUCUGAAAAAGGACUAAGGACUAACUUUGAACUUUGACCCUGUCGCCCCCCCCCCUCAACGAAUCAGCCCCUCCCUAUAGGUGGGCGGGUAAACCAAGCUCACUCUGCGCCUCUUCUCGUGGCUGUCGUUCAAAAACAAACAAAAAAAAAUGUGUUUUUUUUUUAAUUUUUUUUCUGAAUAUUCCUUAUUAUUCUUCAGUGUAGAGUUUUGAGCGGUGAGGCUGCUGCUUUUCAAACCCCCUCACGAUCAGUAACGAAAAAAAAAAAGAAAAGAGAAACACGUGCACUAAAUGAUGAGUGUCUGUGAGGCGGGGGUGUGUUUGGGGCCCGCGGCGAGGGGACGAGGGGGACUCUCCUGAUGAGGAGAAAGGACAAAAUGAGAGUAAAGUGACUCAAUGGGGGGAAAAAAGAGUAAAAAUCAAGGAACACCGAGUGCGAACUGGUGCCUGGUUCAUCGGUCACAGAUACAGGAAGUGGACUUUAAGGAUACGGGACGCGCUGUCGGACCUUAACACGGACAUCACCUGUUUCGCUCGCCUUUUUCGGUCUUUAUUUUUUUUUUUUUCCAUUCUUUUCCACCCUCCCUUCAUCUCUGAAAAAAAAAAAACAACAACAAUCCUUCUUUUAUCUCCUGCAAAGUGACUCUCACAAUCGUUACUUGAAGGCUUUGCGUAUGCUCACGUGUCUUACUCGCAUUUCUCUCCGUCAUUCCCGAUAUGGCUCAUGUGCAGAUUCGUUCGAUAGAUCUAGGUAUUGUCAUAGAGAUCCUGUUGUGCUGGUUAAGUCGUGCUGUUUGUACGUUGUUUGGGACUCGCACACACACACACACGCACACAUACACAAACACACACUGACAUCAUACACAUUUCAUUCGUCUUAGUUCGAAGCCAAGGGCUAAAAGGAGAGCAGAAAGGGAAGAAGAAAAAUUAUAUAUAAUGGAGGCUUAGGGGGAGGAUGUGAACACAAGCAGCACUUUUUUUUUUUUUUUUGAAAGAAAGAAAAAGAAAAAAAAAUCCUACCACCUGGCCCAUAUCACACAUACACACACGUAUACAUACAAACCAGAGGAAACCAUGCUCACGAAACAUUUAUCACCACCGUCAGCCCUUUGUGAUGAACUGGUGCCGUCAUACUCAUGCAAAAGCACAGGGUCAUCUGUCGCGUCGCUAUUAGCAUAAUUAUUAUUAUUAUUAUUAUUAUUGUUUACGUUUUUUAAUGAAACAGAAAACUUAAUUAACAUUUUUGUUACGUCUAUGAUUUUGUUUAGUUGUACAUUAAAAUGGAUGGAGAUAAAAAAAAAAAAACAUGGAUUCUAACAGAAAGAAGUAGACAGAAUUUAUUUAUGAUACACAGAGCACACACAAAUGGCCAGGCAGAUAUUAGGAACUUAGGAAACAGGAACAUUAUGCAAACGUAAACCCUUUUUUUGUUUUGUUUUGUUUGAUUUUUUUUUUUUAAUUUUAUUUUAGCAAACCCAUUUCCACCAAAUGCGAUCGAUCCUUCACAAAUAGUUGCCUUUGGAACCGUUACACGUAGUGACGCGGACGGCCAGGAAAAGGGGCAGCUUGGGAAAGAAGGCUGGAGAGAAAACAGCAUGUUGGGUUUAAAAUAGCUGAAAGGAAUGAGAAGGAAGGGCCAGAACGAGUCUGGAGGAAAGGCGAGGAUAAACUAAACCGGCUCCUCUAGCCUGGCUGUCUUGUUUGAUGAGGCUCAGAGAGGUUUGGGUUAAAUUAGGCCCCUGAUGUGGGAUGCAGGGCAGCGGACAAGAGUUAUGAAGCCGCGUGGAGGCUAAAAUUGUGAAAAGCAGAAAAGUUUUUGAGAGAUUGAACACCAAGACAGGGAGGAAGUAGGCAGUCAGAGUGUACGGCUGCACCCGCAGGGACCGACUGGGCGGGUUCCCGUUUCCCACAGUCCUCGACGUACUGGUUCCACCAGCUCUCACGAGAAACCCCUUCUGGUUAGUGUAACGGCGUGUGUGUGUGUGUACUGUAUGUGUGUGGUUGAACCUUUUUCACAUUUCAGACUAUUUGUGUAUCUCUCUCAUCCACACAUCGUCACACAUCGAUAAGGUUCACCUGAGAUUUGCGAUCACACUCGAGAUCGGGCCGCGGGUCGCCACGGUUACGUAUUGUUCUUUUUUUUUUUUUUUAUUCUAUUCAUUUCCAUAUGUUUUCACGGAGAUUGUCGCAAUCUCACCAAGAAGCCAAGCCUUGUGGGAUCUGAGGUUUGUGCCUCUGUAAGAGGCCGCAAAAUAAGCAAAUAUGCAAUUUUUAUUUAUUUUUGUAACAAUUGAGAGACAAAAAAAAAAAAUGAAAUGCUUACACCUAUGGAAAAAAAAAAGUGUUCUUAUCCACUGAGUGAAAUUAAACAAAAACAAUACAACAUAAACAAAACGACACAAUCCUGUUGUGUUUCCUUUUUUUCUGAAAUAGUAUUCUUUUUUAUAAAGCAGAUUUCUUUCUUUCUUUAUGUGUGUUUUGAUUUUUUUAACUUCGUCCAGUAGAUUUAAGGUAAACUGUGAAAACACUUACACAAAUUUGAGCAGUUGCUUUGAAACUUGUAUUACAGGAUACACACACUCACACACACACACACACACUCACACACAUAUGCCAGUGUUUGGUUGCUGUCUGAUAUGGAACUAAAAAAAAAAUGACAAUCUUCUUAGUUUCUUUCAAUCUGAAGGUCGCUUUUAACUCCACGGCUCGCAGACGUUCUUGUGAAACUGUAACCCGCGGAAUGAGAUUGGGCCAGCCGGGCCGCGCUCGGAAGCGCGGAUGUUUGUGAAACGCGGAGUGAAGCGUCUUCAGGCUACUGUAAAAUUAAAAUGCCUUGCUCGUUUCGUCAUCCCGAGUUCAGAUGACUCAGUAAUUCUUUUUUGCACCGUACACCUGUAGGUAAGAAAGCUGUAAAUACAUUUAUGUUUGUAUUGUAUAUGGAUCCCUGGUUUAAACGAUAGCCUUAUACACGUUUUCGUUUGUUUUUUUUAAGUAAAGUAAAUAAAACAAAAAAAAUGUGGGGGUUGACACAGAAAAACACAAACUACUACUUUUUUUGGUGAAUAGAUCGUGUAAAUAUGGACAACAGACCCAACGUAACAUUUUUUUAUAAACACAUGGUAAGACGUUUUGUAUAAAAUUGGAAUUGAAAUUUUUUGCUAUGUAUUUUAGCUAGCGCUCGUCGGAAAUCCUCAGCCGUUCCCUGAAGCCCCGCCCCCUUUUUGCACUGUUUCCAUGGUAAUUUGGUUUUAUUAUUUAAUAAAUAAAAAUAAUUAAAAAAAGAAACAAAAUGAAAGAAGAGAGUUUGCCAAACCGACUGCUGCAUAUUUGUGCCAUACGUGUGUAACAUAGAUAUUUAUUUAAUUAGUUCUUUGGGUUUUUUUUUUUUUUUUUGUAUUUGACUUCAUUUCUGUCCAGUUUGUAUGCAAAUUCAGUAUUACGGUUGGGUUUGUCUUAACUCGCACUUCCCGUUUGUCCGUCUGUCGCUGUGGUUCUCCCAGUGGCCGUAGCUCCACCCCCAUCGAUUUCCCUUCCCUUCCAGUGAGAUCUGGUCAGGCCGUGAAACAGUAAAAAAAAAUUAAAAA